AUGCCCACUUUCACAGGAGAUGGAAAGUACGUAGCAGAUGGCGGUGCUUAUCUGCAGAAACUCUGGGAAAGCCAUAAAUGGAGAGAGAUCAAGAACUGUCCUGGUCGUUAUGUAUCACCCCGUAACAAACGACUUUCUACUCUAACCCCGACGGAGGUCCUCGAUAGCCUCGUGGACUUCGUCGAAUGGAGACCUAAGUCAUUGAAGACUGUCGUUGGUCGCGUUGGAUCUCGUGUUGUAUUUAGAGGAGCUCGUAUAGCAGCUAAUGCGAAGAGGGAUAGUUGCUGGUUCUUCACAUUCUGUGAUGGUGGUGGACUGAUUACCUACGAGAAGGCCAGUGGUGUCUUCGUUCACACGUUGAACACUCAAUCGGGUUUGAUGAGGAAGGUGAAUGCGGUGGCACCUAUCGAGCUUUCUGCAGCACUUCAACUGGGUGUGGUAGAAAAGAUGGUACUCCAUAUAUUUCGAACCUUGAACUUGCCCAAUGAAUUGACCACGUCAUUUUUGGGUAUCAUCGUUGGUAUCAUCCAGGCCGGUCAAGGAACCUUCCCUAAGGACAUCACUCCCCAGAUCCCCAUGUAA